CUUAGUGAAAAAAAUAAAAAAGAGCGCAUAUAGUUACCCGAGUGUACAAAUUUAAGUUAUUUUUAAAUAAUUAGUAGGGAUCACUUCAUUUAUUCAUUUUUGGUAAUGUUAAACAAUCGCGACGCAAACGUCGUAUUACACGCUGUAUUUACAGUAAUACAAACCCGCAUCACAUUAGAUCAAUCCACGGAGAAAGUAGCACCUGCACAUCAUCUGCUUAAGUCAGCAGCGCAAUUAAUUAGCUCAAGUCGUUAUCAUGUUUCUAAAGGAAAUAAUUUUAUUAUGGUUGGGUAUAAACAAUAUUCAUGCCCAACCAAACCAUCCAGUUGUUAUUAAUACUUGGGCGUUUGUAAACGCUUCUAUUGGAGCUUGGAAUGUAUUGGAAAAGGGUGGAUCGUCGCUGGAUGCAAUUGAAAUUGGAGGAGGUAUUUGUGAAAGCCAGCAAUGUGAUGGUACUGUCGGAUAUGGAGGAAGCCCUGAUGAGGAUGGCGAAACUACGCUUGAUGCGCUUCUCAUGAACGGAAAAACUAUGAAAGUAGGCGCAGUCGGUUCUUUGCGUCGAGUAAAAAAUGCUAUAUCCGUUGCGCGACAUGUUUUAGAAUAUACGAAACAUUCUAUUUUAGUCGGAGAUCUUGCAACCAAAUUUGCAGUUCAAAUGGGAUUUAAAGAAGAAUCUCUUACUACACAGCAAUCAAAGAAUAUUUGGAUGAAAUGGCGCAAUGAAAAUAACUGUCAACCCAAUUUCUGGAUGGAUGUCAUUCCUGAUGCAAAACAAUAUUGUGGACCAUAUCAACCAAAGGAACGAUCACAUCAGAAAACUAAUACGAUUAAGGGAGAUAGAUUUAAUCAUGACACUAUUGGCUUGGUAGCUAUUGAUAAAAAUGGCGAUAUAGCUGCUGGUACAACUACUAAUGGGGCUAAAUACAAAAUUCCUGGGAGAAUUGGUGAUUCUCCUAUUCCUGGAUCAGGAGCAUAUGCUGAUAACGAAGUUGGAGGUGCUGCCGCGACUGGUGAUGGGGACGUUAUGUUAAGAUUUGUUCCUAGUUUUGUGGCAGUUGAUGAAAUGCGAAGAGGGGCAACACCAACAGAAGCUGCAACAAUUGCUAUUAAAAGAAUAGCUAAAUAUUAUCCCAACUAUAUGGGUGCAGUCGUGGCGUUGAGGAAGGAUGGGGAAUACGGAGCAGCUUGUCACGGUUUAGGUGAUAAGCCAUUUCCGUUCGUCGUUCGCGAUACUUCCAUGGGUAAAUCCAAAAUGGUUUGGAUUGAAUGUCCUUAAUUUAAAGCGAUAAUCUGUUGUCAUCUGUACUUAUUAUUAUAUGGUACACCAAUAAUUCAAAUAAACAUUUCCUUUUAAA